UGGGUCAGUAGUGCUAUAAAACGGGGAGUUGAUAGGUCAGGAUUCAAUCUAUUACUGUAAAAACAUGAAGGUAGUACUAGUGUUGUGCAUACUGGCGCUGGCGGCGGCGCGCCCUGAUGAGGGUUACAGCACUCGAUAUGACAACUUCGAUGCACAAGAACUGGUUGAUAACGUGCGUCUACUGAAGAGCUACGGCAACUGCUUCUUAGACAAGGGGCCUUGCACGGCUGAGGGGAGCGACUUUAAGAAACUCAUCCCUGACGCCCUAAAGACGAGCUGUGCGAAAUGCUCGCCGAAGCAACGCCACCUCAUCCGAAUUGUGACCAAGGGCUUCCAGGCCAAGCUGCCUGAGCUGUGGAAGGAACUGGUCGCCAAGGAAGACCCCAACAACGAGUACCAUGACACCUUCAACAAAUUCCUCAACGAAUCUGACUAGAGCCAAAGCAGACAUACAGAUGUAUUGCAUAAUUGUUUACCGUCGUAUUUUAUCGGAAAUGUUCGUAUUUGUCAUGCUACUUCGGUCAACCUCAGUAACUACUUUUUGUAUUGAGACUGACUGGAAUAGCAAGACACGUUCAGUCGUUCAUACGUUUUGUCAAAAUAUGAUGGAAAAUAAUUAUAUGUACUACAUCUGUUCAUAUAUACUCGUAUUACCUAUACCUUCCUGACAGCAUAAAAAGAAUAAGUCGACAACAUAGAUAUACUACUGCAUGCUGUACUGAUUCUGUUUGCCACGUCAAUAGGGGCUUAGACUUUGGUCUCGGGUUGACGUAGCAUGCUGCGUACUGAGGUGCAGCGACUAACCCCCUAAUUCAUAAACGUUUACUAAAGUUGACAGGCCGAUAAAAAACGUUUGUCCCUAUCCAUCAUACCAAUACGUCGGAAAGGGACAAAUAUGAAUAAGGGGGAAAGUAUUUACCUCACCAAAUAGGUGUUAGAAAAAUACGUACAGAAAUGCAAAGUAGGUAUAUUGUGCCAAACGCACUGCUCUUAAAGGGAAACUAAGGCGUUGAAAACAUUUCACCGCGUUUUAAGUUUAUUUUUUUAACUAUGGAAACUUUGUUAUUAUAGAAAAGUAAUUGUACUAUGAACAUCACAGGUAUUUUUUAAGUUAUUAAAUUAUUUUUGUUUAUUUAUUUUGGAGGUGUGUUUUUUGUUUACGAUUUGAAAUAAAUGAAUAUUUUGCAA